UAUGGAGCACAUUCAUGAGAGCACAUUCACGGGCGCUUGCAUGGUGGCACGCAGGGUUCUUGCUAAAAGCCGAGUCUCCAGCGGCAUGCUGCUCUCUCUGCAGCACCCGCGCAUCCGCGCGCCGGCCUUGCCAGGGGUCCUGAAGCGCUCACGCGUCGCUCUCGCUGCGAGCAGGGGCCGGGCGCGCCGCAUUGGUGCAGUCGCGUCAGCGGCAGCGGGAGCUCCUCACCGUGACGACGCCGACACAGGUGGCCAAGGCGGCACCCCGCUUGACAGCACUGGCAAGACCAUGGAUGGGGAGAUGCAGGGAAAAGUAGUGGAGCUGCAGCAGAGGCUGUUGGAGGCGGAGCGCAAGCUUCAGGAGGAGAAGGAGCGCACCACCGCACUGCAGCCCUUCCUUGUAGCGGCCCCAAAGCGUGGUGUCAUUGGGGAAAGCCGCUAUGCCAAAGCUCUACGACGCUCCAUAGUGCAGGCCUCGCGAGACAAAUCGAGGAAGCCUGUCCUGAUUUUCGGCGAGCCUGGCCUGGAGAAGGACAACUUGGCGGCGCUCAUCCAUUUUGGCUCUCCCCACUAUUCUGCACCAUUUAUCCAGAUCGAUUGUGAAAGGCUGGACGAUGACGCCUCGGAUGUCUAUGGGGCCGGCCUGAAGAAGGGCUUGCUCUACUACUUGCCACCUGAGGGCACCCUACUGCUCAACAACAUCCACAAGGCACCCAAACCAGCGCUGGCGCUGCUGCAGGCGACAGUGGAGAAAGUCAGCAGGUUGAGCAGCGAUGAGGGCAGUUGCGCCGCCUUCCCGCGCAUUCUGCUUGUAUCAGAAAUCGCACUGCCCCAGUUUGCUGACCUGGCCACUGUCAUCAAGGUGCCACCACUGCGCGUGCGGCGAUCAGAUGUGCGGGCAAUGCAGGCCUUCUUCCUGCGCAACAUUGCACGCCAGCGUGACCUGCCCAGGAUCACGCUUACCGACGAAGCAGUGCGCCAGCUGGAGAGCUACAGCUACCCGCUGAACAUUGUGGAGCUGCAGACGAUGGUGGAGCGCGCUGCCACGCAGGCCUCCGACUCGACAGCAUCUGGCAACCUGUUGACAGAAGAGGUGUUCUGGUUUGCAACACAGCCCAAGGAUAUGCUACGCUAUAACUUGCUCAAAAUCCCACAGCUCCGCCGCUUCCUGCGCAGCAGCCUGUGGCCUGAGGACAUCAACCACAACCAGGGCGCCAAGCUGCUGAAGUGGCCUCGCGAGCAGAUGGACAAGUGGGGGCCCUGGUUCCUGUUUUGGCUGUUUUACGCCAUCUUGGUGUGGGAGGAAGUGUGGGACCUCCCAGACACGGCCUACCUCAGCUCCUGGUUGCUGCUGCUCAUCACCGCGGGCGCAUGCAUAGGCAGCUGGUUCUUCGAGCGCCGCAUCUGGUGCAGAUACCUGUGUCCGAUCGGCGGCAUGAAUGGCCUGUUUGCCAAGCUGUCCAUGACGGAGCUGCGGGCGCGGCAUGGGGUCUGCUCAAGCGCGUGCAACACCUACCACUGCUACAAAGGCGGCCCAGAGGAGCCGCCCGAGGGCCAACAGUCGAUUGAGUUCCGGCUGCGCCUGCCGGGCGUGGACCUGUGGACCACCCACAAGCCACUGCUGGCGGAGGUAUGCCUCCAGGUGAGACAAGCAGUGGAAUCAGGCAUGCAACUGCCCCACAUCCUUACCUCCAUGGUGUUCCUGGCGCUGCCAGGCGCCAUUGCCUGGGGCGUGGACACGCUAUGGCGCGCCACGCUGCCAAAGCCCAGCCAGCAGCCUACACAGCUGCUGUCCGUUUUUGCUGCUGCCCUGGAGGGCAGUGCAGGCACGGGCGGCGGCGCAAACGAGGCUGGCAGCCUGGCCAAGCCAGUCCAGAAGCCAGCCCAGCUGCUGCGGCCAUUCACUGAGCUUGCCUAUGGAUACCUGCCACUGGUGUGGGCCGGAACGCUAGCAUACUACGAAGAUGCCUUGUUCGAAGAGGCCGGCCUCAUCCUGCCUGUUGCUGCCACCACAUUCGGCCUCGACAUGCCCUGGCUUCCUACCUUUGUGGUCGCACCGGUGGUGACAGAGUUUUUGCAGGGCAGCACCCUUCUGUUCGGUUGUGUGCUCAGCCUGGCGCUGACGCGCAAGCUGGGGGCGCGGCCAUGGAGCCAGCUGGUGCCCCAGUGUGCUCUGAUCGGCCUUUUUACGGCGGAGUUGUACCAUCUCAUUAUACCAAACUGAGCACGCCCCACUCUCCCGCCUCUCACCCCGGCUGCUCCGCCUGCCCUCGCAUCCCCGUUGGCCCCCGUCUCUUUCCUGGACCCCUCCUCUCCACCUCUUCUCCUGUCCCGACCCUUCAGAGCAGCCCUUUUUCCUUCCUAUUUGAACACAGAUUUCUGCCAGCAUCGCAUUGGAACGGUCUUCUUUGAAUUGCUGUGGAUGAGAGAUGAGGCGAUUGCGCAUUGCACUAUGUUAUCAAUUGAGUAGAG